CGACGAGGAUGCAAAGUAAAACCCUCACCUUAUUGUUUCAACUGCCGAAUUGACGAGGGCUGCAUCUGUGAUAGUAUAUUGCUGGAAAAUGGCGACGUUCGGAACAGUUGGAGAGUUUGUGGAGGAAAAUGGUGACUGGCUGGAAUAUACGGAGCGCUUGGAGCAUUUCUUCGACGCAAAUGAGAUUGCGGACGCAGAUAAGAAGCGCUCUAUCUUGUUAAGUGUUUGUGGAGCAAAGACUUACAAACUUAUGAGGAAUUUGGCGACGCCGCGGAAGCCGGGUGAGCUGCCAUACAAAGAUUUAAUUACACUCAUCCAGAAUCACCACAACCCCAAACCUUCAGUGAUAGUGCAACGUUUUAAGUUCCACAGUCAUUUUCGCAAGCCUGGUGAUUCCAUUUCUAAGUUUGUGGCUGAACUCCGCCAGCUGUCGGAGCAUUGUGAGUUCGGGUUGACACUCGAGGAUAUGCUACGUGAUCGCUUGGUGUGUGGAGUUAAUAAUGACGUAAUUCAACGUAGAUUACUCAGCGAAGCAACGCUUUCGUUUGGGAAAGCUCUGGAAAUUGCGCAAGGAAUGGAGUCUGCAGCAAACAAUGCAAAAGACAUUCAGAAAGCGAAUGGCAGUGCAGGUGCUGGUGUAAGUGAUGUGUUACAUGUCAGUAAGCCUGUAAAGGAAAAGACAGUAGAAUGUUACAGGUGCGGAGGAGCACAUUAUGCAAAUGUGUGCAAAUUUAAAGAGACAGUCUGCCAUAAUUGUGGCAAGAAAGGGCACUUAGCGAAGAAGUGUAGAGGGAAUAAAGUUAAAACAAAUCCAUCAAAGGCUGCGAGAAAAUUUAAGCCAGCUGCACAUCACCUGAUAGAUACGGAACAGGAGGAGUCCUGUACUUAUUCGAUGUUUAAUCUGCAAGACGCCCGUACAGAACCCCUUUUUGCUACUAUUCAAAUAAACGGAGCAAGUCUUAGAAUGGAAAUAGACACUGGGGCUUCAGCAUCACUUAUCAGUGAGGAGACCUAUGAAAAGCUUUGGCCUACAGAUCAGUCCCCGGCAUUAUCCAAAUCUUCCAUAAAACUGAGAACAUACACUGGUGAGAUUAUUCCAGUAGUGGGGGCUAUGGCAGUAAAUAUUGCAUAUGACAGUCAAGAGGCUGGGGCUCGGUUGCUUGUAGUAAAGGGGGCGGGUCCGAGUUUACUUGGGCGGGAUUGGCUGAGUAAACUUCAGUUAAAUUGGGGUGAAAUCAAGCUAAUACGUCAGAGAAGUGCAGAUGAGGUGAUUGCAAAGUACUCAGACGUUUUUAAGGAUGAACUGGGAACCUUGAAGGGCACCAGAGUAAAACUUUCUGUGGAUCCAAAUGCUACUCCUCGGUUUUUCAAACCCCGAACUGUCCCAUACGCAAUGAGGCAUAAAGUGGAGAAAGAACUAGAGAGACUACAACAACUUGGAGUCAUUGAACCAAUUCAGUUUUCUGAUUGGGCGGCCCCAAUCGUGCCUGUAUUGAAGGAGGAUGGCACAGUACGCAUCUGUGGGGACUAUAAAUUAACAUUUAACCAGGCAUCAAAAGCGGAGGCCUACCCUAUUUCACGGGUAGAUGACCUGUUUUCAAAAAUGGCUGGAGGAAAAACUUUUACGAAGCUUGACAUGAGCCACGCUUACCAGCAGUUGUUGCUGGAGGAGGAGUCUAAACAGUACGUCACUAUUAAUACCCACAAAGGCUUGUUUAAAUACAACAGGCUGGUUUUCGGAGUGUCAUCCAGCCCGGCCAUAUUCCAAAGAACUAUGGAUAACUUGUUGCAGGGAAUUCCUCACGUGGUUGUGUACCUGGAUGACAUUUUGGUCACAGGGAAAACAGAAGAUGAGCAUCUCAGUAAUUUGGAACAGGUGUUAAAGAGGAUGUCGGAAGCAGGCCUUCGUCUGAAACAGAGUAAAUGCACAUUUCAGGCAGAAAGUGUAACCUACUUGGGACAUCAAAUAUCAGCCCAAGGCCUUUGUCCAGUGCCAGAGAAAGUCAGGGCAAUCAGAGAUGCCCCCAAGCCAACAAAUGUAUCCGAGCUCAAAUCAUUCCUGGGCAUGGUUACUUACUAUGGCAAGUUUUUGCCUGUUCUUUCUACCGUUCUGGCUCCUUUGUACCAGUUGCUACAUCAUGACUGCAGGUGGAAGUGGGGAGCUGAGCAGACGGCAGCAUUUAAUAAAGUUAAAGACCUGCUGCAGUCAGCCAGAGUUUUAGUACACUUUGAUCCAGAGAAAGAGCUCGCUGUGUCCUGUGAUGCCUCGCCGUAUGGCAUAGGAGCGGUGCUAUCACACAUUAUGGAGGAUGGUUCAGAGAAGCCCAUUGCAUUUGCAUCGAGGACGCUGACAAAGGCAGAAAAGGGUUACUCCCAACUGGACAAGGAGGGUCUGGCCAUAGUAUUUGCAGUGAAACGAUUUCACCAGUACCUUUAUGGUCGUCGGUUCUCCAUUUAUACAGAUCAUAAGCCAUUGAUGAGUUUGUUCAGUGAGAAUAAGAGCAUUCCUUCCAUGGCAUCUGCUCGCAUCCAGAGGUGGGCGUUGACUUUAUCUGCUUACCAGUACCACAUUAUAUACAGGGCAGGAAAAGAAAAUGCCAAUGCUGACGCACUGAGUCGUUUGCCCCUCCCAGACACUCCGUCGUCCACCCCUCUGCCUCCUGAGACAGUUUUUUUGUUUAAAACGCUAGCUGAUUCACCAGUAAGCUCAAGACAGAUAAAAGCUUGGACCGAGCAAGACAAAACCUUGUCUAAAGUUAAAAGAUUUGUAAUGCAGGGCUGGUCAGCCGCAACUCAAGAUGGGGACAUGGCACCCUAUGAGAAAAGAAAAGAGGAACUGUCUGUACAGGAUGGUUGCAUUCUGUGGGGUUCGAGAGUGGUAGUACCGCCUCAGGGCCGGGCUAGAGUGCUAGAAGAGGUCCACUUAGCCCAUCCAGGUAUUUCACGCAUGAAAAGCUUGGCUAGGUCAUUCGUCUGGUGGCCGAAUAUGGAUCAGGAUCUUGAGGAAAAAGUAAAGAACUGUAUUGAAUGCCAAAGUAAUCAGAAAAUGCCCUCACCAGUCUUGCUUCAACCAUGGGAAUGGCCUGACAAACCAUGGUCCAGGGUCCAUGUGGAUUUUGCAGGUCCCUUCAUGGGACGGAUGUUUCUUGUUUUGGUGGACGCCCACUCAAAGUGGAUUGAAGCACAUGUGCUUAAGAACAUUACAGCAGUAGUGACGAUUGACGUUUUGCGUCAGGUGUUUUCAGUGCACGGACUGCCAGAUAUGCUGGUCACGGAUAAUGGGCCAACAUUUACUGGAGAGCUGUUUCAAACAUUUCUGAAGCGGAAUGGCAUUCGCCACGUACGCACAGCGCCUUUCCAUCCUGCUUCGAAUGGAUUGGCAGAGAGAGCCGUACAAACACUGAAACAGGGCCUAAAAAGAAUGUCAGGUGACAGUGUCGAAACUAACCUUUGUCGUUUCCUUUUUCAGUAUCGGAUUACGCCACAAACGACAACGGGGCAGACACCGGCCGAAAUGCUGUUGGGUCGAAAACCAAAAUCUCUCUUGGACUUGCUGCACCCUGAUGUUCGGGGAAGAGUAAGAGCUCAGCAGGAAAAGCAGAAAUUUCGGCAUGACCAGCAUGCAAAAGACCGGAGUUUUCAGGAAGGUGAAGCUGUCUUCAUCAAGAACUUUGGUCGUGGUCAGAAAUGGCUAUCAGGAGUUGUUUUGAAGAACAGUGGGCCGCAGUCUGUGAUCGUGAAAGUGUCCGAUGGUCGUUGUAUGCGUCGACAUAAGGACCAUGUAAGGUUACGUCAAACUACUGAGACGGGGCCACGAGCACCAUUUCAAGUGACAAGUUCAGAGGAAAGCUCUGUGCUGGGGGAAGUUGAGUUUCCUCAACAGCAGACAAGCACGCAGAAUGCUGAAGGUGCAAGUGUUUCCGCACAAUCAGAAGCUGCUCUGCCUAAGGACAGUGUACCAGAGUGUUCAGGACAAACAUUAGAGACAUUUAGGAGAUCUGAACGCCAAAGAAAAGCACCUAGUAGACUAAAUUUAUAGGUCUUAAGCAAAGAACAUUCAAGUUCCUGGUGUAAAAAAAAAAAAAAAAAAAUGAUGGAAAUUGAGUAACAUGUUAAUGUGAGUUUGGAAUUUAAGAGGGAAGAGAUGUUAUAAAGUGAUUUAAUGUAGUGUUCCUUUAAGAGUUCCUGUGAGUUAAUGUGAACACUUUCCCUUUAAGAGAAAAAGCCUGUACUGUGUGUGACGUCAGUGCAUUGCAAAGUACAAGUAAAGUUGUGUGUUGUUUACGCUGCUCAGUUUGA